AUGAGCGCGAGCGGCCCGGCGGCUCCCGGGGACGGCCCGGCGCUGCCGCCGCCGCCGCCCGGGCCCGGCCCGGGGCCCACACCGCCCACGCCCGCCGCUGCCACCGCCCGGGACGCCAUGGACGGGCGCGCCGAGCUUCCCGCCUUCCCCCGGGCCGGACCCCCGCCGCUCGCCGCCAGCGACACGGUGCCCGCGGCGCCCGAGGGGGCCGGGGCGGUUCGCCCUGGCCCGCCGCCGCGCCCCACCUCCUUCUCGGUGCUGGACAUUCUGGACCCCCACAAGUUCAACAGCAGAAGACGCCGCUGUGUGCUUCUGGGCCCCGUGGCGCCCUCCGCAUGCUCCCCGUGCGCCUCGGCCCCGUGCGCUCCGGCCCCGUGCGCCCCGGCCCCCGCCGCCCCGGGACGCCCGCCGCGCGCGGAGGAGCUGGAGCGCCGCACCCUCGCCGCCGCCGGCGGAGCUGGAGCCGCCACCGGAGCUGAGCCGCCGCACGCCGGCGACCCCUGCAAGGCGGACGAGGCCGAGGCCAGCGGCUACAGCAGCGGCGGUGGUGGCCGCAGCCCGAGCGCGGACAGCGGGGACGAGGCGCCCGACGACGACGACGACGACGACGAGGCGCCCGACGCGGGGACUGCGCGCGGCGCGGAGGAGGCUCGGGGAGGCGGCGGCGGCCUCGCGGCCCGCGGGUCGGGCUGCCCGGGCGCGGCCGAGCCCGAGGCGCCCCCCGGCGCGGUGGACGAGGCUGCAGCGCCUGGCCCCCGCGGGAACUCGCCCGGAGCCCCCGUCCCGCCUGGGGCCUCGGCGGCGGCGCCGGGGGGCGCGGGCACGACCCCGCAGGGCGCGGCAGCGGCGACGAAGCCAAAGCGGAAGCGCACGGGCUCGGACUCCAAGUCCGGGAAGCCGCGGCGCGCGCGCACCGCCUUCACCUACGAGCAGCUCGUGGCGCUGGAGAACAAGUUCAAGGCGACGCGCUACCUGUCGGUGUGCGAGCGCCUCAACCUGGCGCUGUCUCUGAGCCUCACCGAGACGCAGGUGAAGAUCUGGUUCCAGAACCGCCGCACCAAGUGGAAGAAGCAGAACCCUGGCGCCGACACGAGCGCGCCGACCGGCGGCGGCGGGGCCGCGGGGCCGGGCGCGGGGCCGGGCGCCGGGCUUCCUGGCGGCCUCAGCCCGCUCAGCCCGUCUCCGCCCAUGGGCGCGCCGCUCGCCAUGCAUGGCCCCGCCGGGUACCCGGCGCACGGCCCCAGCGGCCUGGUGUGCGCCGCGCAGCUGCCCUUCCUGUCGAGCCCGGCGGUGCUGUCGCCCUUCGUGCUGGGCUCGCAGACCUACGGCGCGCCCGCCUUCUACGCGCCGCACCUCUGAGCGCGGCGGCGGACGGGGACCCUCGGGCGCCCGCCACCGGGCUUGUGCGGCCGCAGUCGUGGACUCGGUACACAGCCGGCUGCUACAGAAGAGUUUUACGUUUAUUAUGGACUGUACGCGUAGGGGCCGGGCUCGGCCCGCUCGGAAGCACUUUGCUGAACUUCUCUCAAUCAAUAAACCGCAGGAGGCUGCACCGCGUUCCUCAGGCUCCCGCCUGCCCGCGCGCGUCCGUGGGGACUUCGUCGCAUCGGAGGUGCCUCGGGCCGUUGGACCAGGCACUGCGUUCAGGCCCCGGUGUCCCCUGGCCAAACUCUGCCCUCCCGUAGCGCCCCCCCCCCCCAACACCCUACACACAGACAUACACGCACAGACAC